AUGUCGAGUUCGAUGGACCAAUACUCGUUACCAUUACAAGCUGAAUGUGCUACUGCUGCUGCUGCUACCUUUGAUAGUGAUCAAAUUGCUUGUGUAUGUGAGGUUCUUCAUCGCUCCGGUGAUAUCGAACGUCUCCGUAAGUUUAUAUGGGCGAUUCCUCAACAUGAAGGUCUAGCAAGGAAUGAAAGUGUUCUGAAGGCACAGGCUUUCAUCUAUUUUCAUCAGCAAAAUUUUAAAGAACUUUACCGUAUCCUUGAAAACAAUCAAUUUUCACCAGAAAAUCAUGCCGAAUUGCAAAAGCUAUGGAUGAAGGCACAUUAUACUGAAGCUGAAAAAGUACGUGGUCGUGAACUUGGCGCAGUUGGUAAAUAUCGAAUAAGACGGAAAUUUCAAUUUCCAAGAACAAUAUGGGAUGGUGAAGAGACCAGCUAUUGCUUUAAGGAGAAGUCAAGAUAUUUAUUAAAAACAUGGUAUAGCAAAAAUCCGUAUCCGUCACCGAAAGAGAAGAAGGAGUUGGCAGCGGAGACCAAUCUUACUGUAGUGCAAGUAUCCAACUGGUUCAAAAAUCGGCGACAACGCGAUCGGGCUGCCGAAAACAAAGAAGGACUACAGUUCUCUCCAAAGUUGACGUAUGUAAGUUUAAGUUGA